GCCGUUGGUACAUCCCGGGACCGUCGGGCUGCCGGCGCAGGAGUCGGUGCAGCCCAGGCUCCCCCCCCGCGCCCGCCGCAGUGGUAGAGGCCGCGAUCGCUCCUGUCCGUCAGCGCCGCCGCCGCCUCAGUCGGAGCUCGAACCUCAGCCGCGCCCGGCGCUCCCUCCGGCAGUGUAUGCCUGAGCUAUAACCCUCAGCCCGCCAUGUCCACUCCGGCCCGUAGGCGCCUCAUGCGGGACUUCAAGAGGCUGCAGGAGGAUCCCCCGGCCGGGGUGAGCGGGGCCCCCUCGGAGAACAACAUCAUGGUGUGGAACGCCGUCAUCUUCGGGCCCGAGGGGACCCCUUUCGAGGACGGAACUUUCAAACUAACAAUAGAAUUCACAGAAGAAUACCCAAAUAAGCCACCUACUGUCAGAUUUGUCUCUAAAAUGUUUCAUCCAAAUGUCUAUGCAGACGGUAGUAUAUGUCUGGAUAUCCUUCAGAAUCGCUGGAGCCCCACUUAUGAUGUCUCCUCCAUCUUAACAUCCAUACAGUCCCUAUUGGAUGAGCCAAAUCCGAACAGCCCAGCAAACAGCCAGGCAGCUCAGCUAUACCAAGAGAAUAAGCGGGAAUAUGAAAAACGGGUUUCUGCAAUAGUAGAACAGAGCUGGCGUGACUGUUGACCCAGGAUGAUGCAAAUGAACACUCUGUUGAUGAGGAAAAUAAACAAAGUGUCCGAGUCAUCUUUUUCCUCCUAGCAUUUACUUUGCAAGCGAAAUAGCUGUUGUGCUGUUGCCACCCUCCCUUGCUGAAGCUUCUUCUCCUUGGACAUCAGAACGCACCCACUUUGAAGUCAAACGUUCUGUACUUGGGUUACUUGCAAAAGAGUUACUGAUGCUGAAUUCAUUUUCUGUGGUCCCUCUCCAGUCUUAGGGCAGUAUUGUGCAUUUCUGUAGUGUACACUAAGCUUUUAAUUGUAAUUGUGUUAUACACAGUGAUGCUUAUGUGUAGCUUGAUAAAAGGGAUGUUUAUAUACAUACACAUUUU